GUUUGGUGCCUCUGCACGGAACGGAAAGUGUUUGAAGGCUCCCACAAACCGUUGGCUGUGCGUUGCGUGAAGUUCCGACCCAUAGUCACCAACACGGAGAUGGGUACCGAGAUCUUGCUGGCCUCCGGCGAUGCCGCUGGCAACCUUCGUGUCUGGCGUCUUACUGCUCCCAAGUAA